AUGGUGGAAAUGGUAAGAUUUAAUGAGCACCAUAAACGUCGUCAUAUGUCUUUGUCGACAAUACAUCUAAAUUUAACUGUCAAUGCUGUUUAUAAUAAACUUAAUCAGCAUACAUUAAAUAUUAAUAAUACACGUAUAAUUAAUAUUGAACCACAUAAUAAAGUUUGGUUUUCAAUUGUAAAUGGGACAAUUUAUGCAUUACCACUAUUUGGUGAUUAUGCAGGACCAUUUAAAAUUCAAAUUGAAAAUUCAAAUUUUAUUAAAUUUAAAUUUAAUUUUUCACCAUCAUCAUCAUUAUUUUCACCAUCAAAACAUCUCUUACUUGCUUUAUUUAAUAUAUCAUCAAUAACAUUUAAUAAUUCGUCAUUAAAUCGUUAUUUUAUUAUUCAAACAUUAUCAUUAGCAUUAAAUUUAAAUGAUUCAUUAUUAACAAUACAUAAAAUAAAUGGUUCAAUGAUAAAAGUUUAUUUUUCAUGUGAUUUAUAUUCAUCAAAAGAUCUUCCAUAUCAAAUACAAAUAUUAAUUGAUCAUUAUUAUUCUAAACGUUUAGAAUUAAUGAGAUAUUUUUCUUUACCAUUAAUUGAAAUUUCAAUUGUUCGAUUAUCUAAACAAAUAACAACAACGCCAAUUGUUGAAAUAAAAAAAGCAUUUAUGACAAUUCGACCACGUUUAUUUAAUAAUCAAACAAAUAUUUCAUUAAGAAAUAAUCUUAUUUUUUUUGAUCAAUUUUAUCAACCACUUGUUAUUGUUCCAUUAACAAUAAUUUUAAUUGGUUUAUUAAUUUGUACAAUAAUUGCAUUUUGUCUUUGUUGUAAUCGUCAUACAACAUCAUCAUCAUCAACAUUACUUUUAUCAAAUGGAUCAUUUAUUAAUCCAAAUAAUAAACAUUUAUAUCAAAAUUAUUCAUAUCAACAACAUCGACAACAACAAGAAAUUUAUAGAAAAAAACAUUAUAUAAAAGAUCAAAAACAAUUUAUUUCUAAAGGCAUUCCUGUAGUAUUUGCUGAAGAACUUGAAGAAAAAUUAGAACAAACACAUACACCUUUAGUUAUGCGAAUUGAAAAAGCAUCAUUUUAUAAUGAACAAGGAAGAAAUGAAUUGGGAAAACAAGUAAAAGAACAACAAAAACGAAAUGAAGAAGUACAAGAUAUGCCAGAAUUAGUCCGAGAUUUUCUUGAUCCAGCUGAAUUUUUUCAACAAGUAAAAUCGAUCUGUGGUAUUAAUUUUUUUUGUGGUGUACCUGAUUCAUUGCUUAAAGAUUUUUGUGCAUAUGUAACAAAAAAUGUUCCAUCUAGUCAUCAUGUUAUUGCAGUGAAUGAAGGUUCUGCUAUUGGUCUUGCUUGUGGUUCAUAUAUGGCAACAGGUCACCCCUCAUUAGUCUAUUUACAAAAUUCUGGUCUAGGCAAUAUUGUUAAUCCUAUCAUGUCUCUUGCAACACCAGGUGUUUAUAGCUUACCAAUGUUGUUAUUAAUUGGUUGGCGUGGUGAACCAGGUAAACGAGAUGAACCACAACAUCGUAUUCAAGGACCUGCAACACCUGGUAUUCUUGCUGCACUUGGUAUUCCUUUUCAACCAUUACCGGAUUAUCAUGAUGGUGCUGGUCAAGCACUUGAAACAGCUAAACGUUAUAUGGAAACAGCAAAAGGUCCAUAUGCAUUACUUGUUAAACGGCAAACAUUUUUGCCAUAUGCAUUACCAAAAAUGCGUGCAGAUCUAGAAGCUGGAUUAAGUUUAACACGUGAAGAAGCCUUACAAUGUGUUACUAAUCAUUUUCAACAUCGAGAUGUUAUUGUUGGUACAACUGGAAUGCUAAGUAGAGAAUUAUUUGAACUUCGAAUGAAACGUGGUGAUGGACAUGAACGAGAUUUUUUAACUGUCGGUGGCAUGGGUCAUGCAUCAUCAAUAGCAUUAGGUAUUGCUAUACAAAAACCAAAUCGAACUAUAUAUUGUUUGGAUGGUGAUGGUGCUGUUUUAAUGCAUAUGGGUGUUUUGGCAAAUAUUGCUGCGGCUGCACCAUCAAAUUUCAAACAUAUUGUAUUUAAUAAUGGUACACAUGAUAGUGUCGGUGGUCAACCAACAGUUGCUGGUGAUUAUAGACAAUUUUCACUCUGUCGAAUAGCUCAAGGUUGUGGUUAUAAACAUGUAAUGAUAGCAACAAAUGAAAAGGAAAUAAAUGAAGCAAUGGAAAAAAUACGUGCAAUAAAUAAUGAUGGUCCAGUUUUACUUGAACUUCGAAUUAAAACAGGUCAUAGAAAAAAUUUAGGUCGACCAACACGAUCAACGAAUGAGAAUAGAAAAGAUUUUAUGCACUUUUUACAACUCAGUUAA